AUGCCCGAAUCUCAUCAAGCCUGGAAAGUCAAACUAGUCACGGCAUUUAUCGUCGUCUGCGACUGGCACAACUACCGAGAUGGGGCCUUUCGUGGACGAGUCACCGGAGAUACAACCUUCGAAGGUGCUAUUGAGAUCUUCUUGCGUUCCAACGCGUUUAGCACGGAGGAGAAAAAGCAAUACAUUACACCUCUGUUACUGCACGUCCGCAGAUGUGAGAUCCUGGAAAGUCAGGGACCAGACGAUGAUGUUCUUGAGCAGCAGCGCGGAAGGAUCAAGAAGUACUUCGAGAUUUUCCCGCAGCAAGAUAGCCACGAGCUAGAGAUGGAAAACUUAUCGUUAUCGAAAUCGGUCAGUGCACAUAUUGUUGAAGAUGACGGAGAAGCUACAGAUGACGGCAGCGAGAAGCGUAUUGGCACACGGCAUGGUGAUGAGGAUGUGAGUGAUCAUGAAAUUAGCGAGGACGAUGACGAUGACGACUCUGCAGACGGCCACGCAGUCGAAUUCGAAACCGAAGCUGGCUGGUAUACAAUGCUAGUAUGUGCAGACGAUGACGAGGUGGUGACUAGCAAGGUUUACAAAUGCAGGAAGGAGGAGCUGACUGGACGAUCUAAGCCUGUGUUUGAGAGCAAUGACAAACAUGAGGUCGCAACGUUCAUCAAGAUAGAGGAGAAAAUAGCACUUCUUACAGCAUCGAGGAAAGAAGCGAAGAGUGACGUUGAGGCGAAGAAGAAAGAACUUGAGACAGUACAAGCCGAAAGAGAUGGAUUCAUGAGGAUGAUUGAGGGUCAAAGAGAAGGCCAUUGA